GCAGUCAUCAGCCAGUGCCAAAGUCCAUCUGAGCAUAUUGGGAGGUGUCAGAAGAGAAACUUCUUUCCCCUCAUUGCACAGACUAAGCAGGGAAAUGGAAGCAUGUGACAGCGUCAAUCCCACUGCUCUGAUGAAGCCACUAGGAAUUUCAGUGUCGAUGCAGACAGAAGCUAGCUGGCUUUAUGAACACCUCUACAAAAAAUCAACCAUGUCAGAAGAGCUCAGCAGUUUAGAUAUUUUGUGUGACUUGGAGUUCAAAGAAGAUUUCACGAAGCUGUUCAAGAAAUCACUUUGCACGCUCCCCUCUGUUGGGCCACCCACUCUCCUGGCCUACAGACCAGAAUCAUCCCGAGAAAACAUACAGAUUGAGAUAGGGGAGGACUAUGUUCCAAAGUGCGAGUACUGUGGUAGCCUGCUGAAACUGUUUCCUUCCUUUGAAGACGUUUGCCCACCAUCACAAUAUUAUAAAUCGAAAUUCUGCUGUGAACAUUAUCAAGAGCUCUAUGAGUUCAUUCUAGAUGAGAGAAAAAACCAUGAAAUCGCUUGGAGCAACACCAUUGCUAUUGGUCCCCAUGAAUCCCAUGGCAAUGAAACUGAAAGACUCCUAGCAAAAGAAAGAGCAUACCAGAGGCAGCAGGAGAGACAAAUGGCCAGACAGUUAGCUUUCCUGGCAGCAGAGCAGAGAAGUUUACCUGAAUAUUCAAGUGAACUGAAUACCAUUUCCUACCUGCUUUCUCGGGAGCCACCAUCUCACAGUGGCCGGACACUGAUCCCUGGUGAGGGCAGAUGGUGUUCCAAGGAAGAACACAUCUACUACAACAUCACCUGCUGUGAUUUUACCGUUGUAGGUGGAAAGUUACUGAAGAGCGAAUUCUUGGAAAAAUACUACAAACAUGGAGGGAAGUUUCUUACUGUACUUCCAGACAGAACAGCACAGUUAUUCUAUCCAUCUGGAAAUCUGGCAAUCAUUGUUGUACGAGAGACAAAGCGGUUUAUUUGCAUAGUACAGGAAGACAAGCCAAAUAACGCCAGAAUACAAGCAGUAUUUCAGUCCAAUGGUAGAAGUACGUGCUAUCAUCCAAAUGGAACUGUGUGGAUAAACAUAAAUAUUCAGGGAGGGCAGUAUUUGGACCAAGCAGGCAAUAGGGUGAGAACAUGGACCUGGCCAAACACCAUAACAUCGUCAGGACCCCACAUCCCGCUGAGUCCAAUCUUCAUAUCCCUGAACCAGCACGUUGGGGUCAGGAUCCUGGGCCAGGACAAGAUAGCUGUUUCCUUCCUCGCCAUGGGGCAACAAGCAAAAUUCAACGUGGGAACAAAAGUACAGAUCAGCGCAGUUAGCCAGCUGCCUCCACCUGCCCAGCUGAGCGAAGACGAUCUGCUGCUGUUUGCCUUCAGAAUAAGGAUCCAGCGACUCUUUGAUAAGCUGCAUGGAUGCUUAACCUUUCCUUCUAAUGAGCAAAGGGACAAAAUCAAGCCUCCACCGUAUCUUAUCACACAGGCUUUAAAGAUCAUACACCUCUGCAUGACUUCUGAUGUAAGUGAAGAGGUACGCAGCUUGGUAAGGGGUAUAAUAAAUGCACAAGUUUGA